AUGGCAGCUGGCGUCAUUGCGAACGUCCACAACGACGACGAUGAUGUCCCGACCGAAGGAUCGCGUAAUUACGCCAUUGUCGUGUGCAUCUUUGCCGCGCUCGGUGGUCUCUUCUUCGGCUACGACCAGGGCGUGACGUCGGGCGUGCUCAUCAUGGACUCGUUCAUCAACGACUACUGCGUCGGCUGGCACAACUUCACGUACGAACAGUGCACGUCCGCGUCGUCCAAGCUGCCGACCGAGUGGACGGGCUUUACAGUCUGGUACAACAUGACGUACAACCUUGGCUGUCUCGUGGGUGCCUUUGUGGGCGGCUUUGUAGCGGACAAGCUCGGGCGUCGCUGGACCAUCUUCUCGGCCGGUUUGAUCUUCUGUACCGGUACUUCGUGGGUCUGUUUCAACCCGGCACAUGAGCACGGACUCAUGUACAUUGCUCGAGUGAUCCAAGGAAUCGGCGUGGGCAACUCGUCGUUCUCACUGCCGCUCUUUGGUGCGGAAAUGGCCCCCAAGGAGCUGCGUGGUCUGCUCUCGGGCUUCAUGCAGAUGACUGUCGUAACGGGUCUUUUCUUGGCCAAUGUUGUCAACCUCAUUGUCGAGCACCGGGAGCGUGGUUGGCGGACGACCAACGGAGUGGCUAUGGCCGCUCCUCUUGUCGUCAUGUUAGGCAUCUUCUUUGUACCCGAGAGUCCUCGCUGGACGUACCUGCACAAGGGCAAAGAAGAGGCAGAACAAGUUCUCAAACGUCUUCGUCAGACUGAAAACGUCGACCGCGAGCUCGAAGUGAUCGGCGCUCAGGUCGAUGAGGAACUGGCGGCCGACAAGGGGCUGAAAGAGUUGCUGGAGCCAUCCAUUUUCAAGCGCGUAAUCAUCGCCAUGAUGCUUCAAGUUCUGCAGCAGGCGACGGGUAUCAAUCCCAUCAUGAGCUACGGUGGCCUCAUCUUCCAGGACAUCACCAAAGCCGGUAUUUACUCGACCUUGUUCCUCUCUGGUGUCAACCUCGUCAGUACCAUCCCAGCCAUGCGUUGGGUCGAUACUACGGGUCGUCGAAAGCUGCUGCUCAUUGGCGCUGUGGGAAUGGUAAUCGGCCACUUGUUCGCCGCCAUUUUGUUCACUGCCAUUUGUGACGGCAACGUCGACGACGCCGGGUGCCCGACCGUCGGUGGGUGGUUCAUUUGCGUUGGCACGGCCUUUUUCGUGUUCAACUUUGCUAUCUCAUGGGGUCCCGUGUGCUGGAUUUAUCCGGCCGAGAUCUUUCCACUCGGAGUCCGUGCUCCUGCUGUCGCUCUUUCCACGGGCGCCAACUGGGCCAUGGGUGCCGUCAUGUCCGAGGUCGUCAAGCUGUUCCCGCAUUUGAACAUCAACGGGGUCUUCUUUCUCUUCGCGGGCUUGUGCUGCGUCUGCGGCGUGUUCGUGUUCUUCUUCUGCCCCGAGACGAUGGGCAUUAUGCUCGAGGACAUUGAGGCGCUGUUCCACAACAGGCAGCCCAAGUCAGCUGAUUUUGCAGAGAUCAGGUCUCCGCAUCAGUCCCAAGCGUAG